CAUUAUCAAGAGAUAAAUGACGAGCUCACAAGAUGCCCUGCGUGAGGAAGUUUUCAGCGAGAGCUCCAGCGGGAGUGAAGAAGAGGAGGAGCAGCCAGAGCGCCGUACAGAAAAUGACAAUGAACUGCGCCCUGAAAACUGGCAAAUACACAAGCUGGUGAAGUAUCUGAAGGCAGCCAACCAGACAGGCACCGUGCUCAUUCUUGUCGCCAUGAUGGACUUGAAUUUGAUGGAGGAGACAUGCCAACUAGCCAUCCGUGACACAGGUGGCCUGGAAGUCCUGCUUAACCUGCUGGAUACAGGCCACAUCAGAUCCAUGAUCGGAUCCCUCAAAAUCCUAAAACAGAUAUGCCACAAUCCGCAAAUCCGGCGCAGCAUUGUAGACAUGUCAGGGCUGCAGAGCAUUGUGAAGAUUCUGGACUCAACAUCCAAGGAGGUCAAAGCCUUAGCUGCUGAGAGCCUCGCCAAUAUGGCCAGGUUCCGCAGAGCAAGAAGAACUGUCAGGCAGCAUGGUGGUAUCGAGAAACUGGUGCAGCUGCUAGGCUGCAUCCCUGACCCAGCCAAGCCAAGUACAAGCCAGGAGAUGGAUGUGGAGGUGGCCCGCUGUGGCGCCUUAGCGCUGUGGAGCUGCAGCAGGAGCAGAAGGAACAAGGAGGCCAUUCGUAAAGCGGGGGGUAUCCCUUUGCUGGGGCGUCUUCUGCAGUCUCCAAACGAGAAUGUGCUCAUCCCUGUGGUGGGCAUCCUGCAGGAAUGUGCUGUCCAGGAGAGCUACAGGGCUGCCAUUCACACUGGAGGACUGAUCAAGGAUUUGGUCAAAAACCUCAGCAGUAACAACAAUGAGUUGCAGAUGCAUUGUGCCAGUGCAAUCUUCAAGUGUGCGGAAGAGAAAGAAAGCCGUGACCUGGUGCGCAUGUACAAAGGCCUGCAGCCACUGGUUUCCCUGCUCGCUAAAGUGGACAACAAGCAGCUUCUGGCCGCUGCCACCGGGGCCAUUUGGAAAUGUUCACUCAGCCCGGAGAACGUGGCUAUUUUUCAGGAACACGAAGCCCUGGAGUCCCUUGUUGAUCUGCUGACUGACCAGCCUGAAGAAGUGCUGGUAAAUGUUGCCGGAGCCCUGGCAGAAUUUGCUCAGAUCCCUGCUAACAAGGUCACCAUCCAUAAGUGUGGAGGCAUCAAGCCACUGGUUAAUCUGCUCACUGGAACAAACCAGGCACUGCUGGUGAACGUAACCAAGGCUGUAGGUGCAUGUGCCACAGACAAGAAUAACAUGGCAGUCAUCGACCAGCUUGAUGGAGUCCGUCUGGUGUGGUCAUUGUUAAAAAACCCCAGCGCAGAUGUUCAGUCCAGUGCUGCAUGGGCCCUUUGUCCGUGUAUUGAAAAUGCAAAGGAUGCAGGAGAACUGGUGCGUUCCCUCGUCGGUGGAUUGGAACUGAUUGUUAAGUUACUGAAGUCAACAAACGAGGAGGUGCUGGCGAGUGUUUGUGCUGCCGUUGCCAAAAUAGCCAAAGACCAGGAGAACCUGGCAGUCCUCACGGAUUACGGGGUUGUCCCGCUGCUGGCAAAGUUAACCAACACAACUGAUGACAGACUGCGUCACUAUGUGACUGAGGCCGUCAGCCGCUGCUGCACGUGGGGCAGCAACAGUGUGACCUUUGGGGAGGCUGGAGCUGUGGCACAACUGGUAACUUACCUCCGGUCAGGCAAAAGCAUCCAUGAGAACACGGCCGUCGCCCUGUACGAGCUGUCCAAAAACCCCAGCAACUGUAUCAUCAUGUAUGAGGCAGGAGUGGUUAAGCCACUGAUCCACAUCAUGGGCUCUGAUGUGAAGGAGUUCCAGGAAGCUGCUGCCAGCUGUGUGUGCAACAUCCUACAGAUCCCCCAACAUCCCCCCAGAAACUGAUCCCGACGGCAGCCCUGGAAAUCCUGGAAGGCCCGUUCAAAGGCCCGUUCAAACGGUGAUGGCUUCACCAGCACCUUGUUCACGUUCCUCUUCUCUUUUCUUAACCUACUCUAGAUCAACAUCUACUGUUUCCAAUGACCAGAUGUGGCGGUAUGCUCAGACAUUUGAAUUGUCUGGAGGUUGAAACUAUAACAACCAAUUUCCGGUCAGAAAUGACUCUGUUUCCCUCCAUAGUAUUGAGAAGCUUCCCCUGAUAGAGCCGUGAGAAAAACAUUACAAAUAAUUACCGCAACGGCUUCAGCAUGUCUCAUCACCAUC